AUGCAAUCUACAACAAAUGCUCCUCCUUCAAGGAUAGUGAAACGAUAUGAACCCAGUUCGAGCACAUGGAGAGAUUUACCAAAGAUUGGUGGAUCACGUUGGGGUUUCGUUGGAUUGAUUGCAGGAAUUGCACUUGUAGUGUUGAUAGCUUUGAUUAUUGCAAUUUGUUGUUGCGUAAAGAGAAGUAGAAACAAGAAACGCAUGCGUAGGGCAGCAGUUGGUGGUGAUUUAGGAACAUAUCAUCCACCUCCAACAUUUGGAAGAAAUGCAAGUGCCGCUCAUAGAGCUCAAUUCGCACCCGUUAGAGGAGAUGAUUAUGAUAAUGACGCUUUUGCUUCAAGUCCACGGAAUAGUAUAUCAUAUGGAGAUUCAGCUUAUCACAAACGCGGACCUUCGGAUUACGAAGACGGAAUGGCAAUGAAUGAGAUGAAUAACAAUAAUCGUUAUUAUCGCGGCUCUGAAGGUUUCCGACAGGACUAUAAUCAUCCUAGUGCCGGUCACUCAGAAGGAUACGUCAGCUCUUACGGAGGAUAUGACUACAGUUAUGGAGGCGGACAAGAACGAUUUGCAGAACCACAAUACGAUCAAAGUUACGGAGGAUACGGACAAGACCAAAGUCAAUAUUCUGCCAAUUAUGGCGGUAUGCCCUCUCAUGCUUCUCAUGCAUCUCAAUUGUCUUAUGAUCAAUAUGGAAACGCUUAUAAUGCACCUCCUUCCCGUUCACACUCCGCUGCUCCUUCUCAUAUGCAUGCUGGAAGUGCAUCGUAUAAUCAUGGUGGUGUCGCUCCUACAUCUUAUGAGAGUAAUGCAGGCGAAUCAGUACCUCCUGCUUAUAUCGAUUAUGGAAAUCAUCCUCAACAGAGCAUGUCACCUCCGCCAAAAGGUCGCAUCCCUGGCGCAGACAUUUAA